CCUCCUUUCAGUCCAGUUCUUCGCUUCUUUGAUUUGAUUUCAUCCCUUCGCUUGAUUUUUUUUUUUUUUAUAUAUUAUUUUUUUUCUCUGUCUCCGCCAUCCCCACCGCCCAGAUCUCCCUGUGCCUCCUCCCUCCAUCCUCCUCUGAAUAACUCGUCUGGGAGCGAUCUGGAGGGGCGGGAGGGGACCGUGGAGCCGAGCAAACCUGUGGCGGAGGAGCCGGCUGGUGGAGAGGGAGAAGAUGCCAUUCCACCAUGUGACAGCUGGCUUGUUGUACAAGGGCAAUUACCUGAACCGCUCUCUCUCGGCCGGCAGCGACAGCGAGCAGCUGGCCAACAUCUCCGUGGAGGAGCUGGAUGAGAUCCGGGAGGCUUUCCGAGUGCUGGACCGGGACGGGAAUGGCUUCAUCUCCAAGCAGGAGCUGGGCAUGGCCAUGCGCUCCCUGGGCUACAUGCCCAGCGAGGUGGAGCUGGCCAUCAUCAUGCAGCGCCUGGACAUGGAUGGGGAUGGCCAGGUGGAUUUUGAUGAAUUUAUGACCAUUCUGGGGCCUAAGCUGGUGUCGUCGGAGGGCAGGGACGGCUUCCUGGGGAACACUAUAGACAGCAUAUUCUGGCAGUUUGACAUGCAGAGGAUAACGCUGGAGGAGCUGAAGCACAUCCUGUACCACGCCUUCCGUGACCACCUGACCAUGAAGGACAUCGAGAACAUCAUCAUCAACGAGGAGGAGAGCUUGAACGAGAACUCUGGCAACUGCCAAACGGAGUUUGAAGUGCACGCCCAGAAGCAGAACCGCCAGACAUGCGUGCGCAAGAGCCUCAUCUGCGCCUUCGCCAUGGCCUUCAUCAUCAGCGUGAUGCUGAUCGCGGCCAACCAGAUCCUGCGCAGCGGCAUGGAGUAGCUGGCACGGCUCGGAGUGGUCCUGGCACGGGAUGGCCGCCAUGCAUGCGCACCCGGGAGAGCUCCCGCCCCGAUCCCACGGCACCGACACGCGGGCACAGCUGGCGCCUGCAGCGGGAGCCGGAGCCCGCAGCGUGUCCUGUGAACCAACCACAUCCUUUUGGCAGGGACAUCAAAGGGCUGUUCUAAUGCUUUAAAGGUUUUGUUUCCUAAUGCAAUAAUCCCACAUCCAGGAGUCCCGAAUUAUUGCUUCGAAACAGCAAUGGCAGCACGGAGGACGCUUGGAUCCGGCGCUCUGCGGGUGGGAGGAGGCCCAGCCUCGUGACUUGUCCUUACCCAGGGCCCAGUGACUGUCCCCCGGGCUCCCGCCGGGCCCACAUUCCCAGGAAGUUGAGUAGCAUUGCCACAAGCAAGUCCUGUUCCUUUUGUUCCACGUGUUCCAGCUUCACUUUCCUUUUCCCUUAUGACCAUGCCAUGGAGUUUACGGCAUUAGAGGGGAGCUACAGCAUCCUUGUACAGUAUUUUCUGAGGAAAAAAGGAGAGAAUUUGCCAGCACCAUACAAAAUGUCUAUUUUUUGCUUCAUCAACUCCACCUUUGACACGUGACUGUGGGAUAGCAGGAGUCUGUUGGCCAUUUUUUCCCGACUGUGAAUCAGGGCUUGAGGAGCACCCCUUGUUUUCCCACCUGGGCCUUGCUGAACUUGUGCAAAGUCUUCCAAGGGACUCUGCCACCACCAGCGCCAGUUAAACCUCCCUCUCCUCAGGCCUCUGCAUAUUCAGCAUUUCCUCUUCAGCAGUUUUACCCUUCUACUUUAUUGGUCUUCAAUAAUUUUUUCCCAGGUGAAAAUCCUGAGGGAAGCACUUCCUGAGCUUUCCUCCCCUCUCCUUGCCUGCACAAUUUAAAUUUAUUCCAUUUCAUGUGACCCGGUUAUGAUCUGCAGUGAAUCCUCCGUGGCAGACAUCAUCCUGUGGGAGAGGUUUUAUUUUCACCCACAUGGUAAAGUGUUGAUUUGACCAGCCAGCUUCUCCAUUCCAUUCCAGGAUCCAUCCCACCACCCCCAUCCCAUGGCAGGCUCCAGCAGGGGCCAUUGGAAAAGCUGAGCUCAUCAGGAGAAGAAGGAACCCAACCUGAGCCCACCCCUGUGUGCUUGGAGUGUGUCAGACUUCCAGAUCUGCGGAGCCUUAAGUGGUUUUCCUGGAAUUACAUUUUAGGGAGCAGCAAGGAGAAGAUGGAAUGGUGCAGAGCAGGUACACUGCACGGGAAGUGCAAGGAGCCAGUUUGACUUGGGAAGGGUGUUUUUCCUUUGAAACUUGACACAAAUCCAUGCAUUUCCCUUUGGAUGAACUGUGCCCCAGGGUGCCACACCAGGACAGAGGUGAUCUCCUGCCCUCCUGGGAGAUCCCAGCUGGUGAUCAUGGAGUGCUCCAAGGGAGUUCCAUGGAGGCACUCGGGUGUUGGAGGGGGAUGGCUGUGCUGGGAGAGCUCCAGGCACACCCAGGAACCCUGAGAUGUUGCUCCUGGAAAUGGAGGUGACUGUUCCCUGUGCCAUAGGAGGGGCAGGAUGGCUCCCCCAGCGGUUGCACAGCCCCAGCCUCCCUCAUCCCACCCUGCAGCCAUUGACUUACACUGGAUCCAUCCCCAACCUCAUUCCAGCUCUUUUCUUUCUACCACUCUCAGUGACAUUUAUCUGUAUUUUUAGCAGCCUAAUUUAAAAAUCUGCUGCUCGUUGUCCUGUCUCCCACCACCUUUUAAACUCAAGUCACCUUUAAGUGUCUCAGUGUCCUACCUCUACCUUUUCCUGCCAUUUUCCUGGUGUCCCCUCCAUCCCAAAGACAGCACCUUUUCCACAGCAGCUGAGUUGGUUUUAUCUGCCUUUCCCAAACACGUAAUUCCUGCAUUUCUGUUCUGCUGUGACCAAUAGAGGUGAACUGCAGAAUAUUCCAUAAAAAAAUGACUGUCUCCCAGAAGGUGGAGAGAUUUCCAUUUGCUACAGGGCAGCAACAGAAUAUCUGUGGGAUAUUCUGGUGUGGGAUUCUCAGUACUGGGAGCCCAGACACAUUUUCUGUGCUGGGCGUUGCGGAUAACGAACUUGGAGAUCAUUUUGAGAAAACUCAUCUCCACUUUUAGGUCUCAGGGGUCUAUGGAAAGGUGGCAGCUGUGAGAAAAAAGUCUAAAUGUUCCUUGCUACCAAGGAAUACUCAUUUUGUCCCUGGGAUUGUGCUGGAGUGAGCAUGGGGAGAUGGAAGUGGAGGGGAGGGAUGGGGGAGCACAGGGCGGAGUCAUGCCUCAAUUGAGCCCAAACCCAAACCCCCAAACCCACAACCCCAAACCAGGCAUUUCCUCACCCUUCCGCACCCAUGUCCCACAAACCCCCAGCAGACUCCAGGCCCAGCAGCACUUCUUGGACAAUGAUUGUCUGCAUUCCUUGAAGCUUUCUGGAAGGCUCCAGAAUUGCCUCCUGCAUGCCCCAUAAACCCUUGUAAAUAGAGCCAUUCUCCAGCCCAACCCCUCCCCUCCCAGUUCCAUCUGUAAAGCCAAACCUAUAAUGAAUAUAUUGGUAAAAGCCAUAGCCUGGUGUCAGUAGAGUUCAUUGCACAACUCCCCACUGAUUUUACUGGGUACAGGAUUUUUGGGGCUUUGGGGUGUGAUUUUUCUGUAGGGAGCCUCACUUUUCCGUUAUGAAUCAGGGUCAUGUCUUGGCAGAGGUCUCCUUUCCCUUCCUAGAGCAGCCUUCCUCCAUCCCCAGGCGUUCUGAAGAGAUCCCUUCUUUAAUCAGUGGCUCCUGGCAAUGCAGGAUGGAUCAGGCCAAGCUAUUCCAUCCUUUCCUUCCCCACAACCUUCCCAUCCAGCAGCACUGAAUGUUUCCUACCUCCCUCCCUGGCUCCAUUUAUGUAACAUCCAUUUAUCUCUUUCUUUUUUUUUUCCCCUUCUACACAAGAGGGGAAAAAUAGGGCUUUUUGCUGCUUUUACAGACAGGAGGUAAAAAUAGAGCAGUAAAAUUCUGAUUGGAACCUGAUGGCAAAAGCUGAGGGGGGAGAAAGCAGAAGAAUCAAAGACAUAAAAAUAAAAACCCCACAUCCCAUACUUUAAGGAAAAAAAACCCCUUAUUUAAGUGCUAAUUAACAUACUUUAAAAAAUACCCAGACUGCAGCAGAGCUGUCAGAAAAAGCUCUAAACUUCUGCUCUUGCCAGUUCCAGGAGGAUUGAAGUGUCUUUUCAGCCCUGCAGUUCUGGAGGAACAGGAGAUUGCCAUGGCAACCCUGGCUGUUCGUGACAUGGGUGCCACUGUGGCAGAGCACACAUGAUCCCAGACUUCCAGGGAUGGGCAAACAGCUCCCAGCAGUGGGACAGGGGCUUUUCAUGGAUUAGGAAAUUAUUAGGAAUUCGUGAGCAACUCUGUUGGCUUGGCCACAAAGAACUGUGUGCAAUUAAGGGGAUUGACGUGCAGGGAAGGCUUUGAGAGGGACGUGAUGAUUUCAGCCCGAGAGAGGCUUUGGUUUCAUUCAGGCUUGAGCACUCCCUGUCCUGGGCUUACUGAGGACUCCUUUAGAAGGUUCUCCAUGUGGGGAUCAAGCUCUGGUGGGAAGGAUUUGGGUUCCUGCUCCUGCACCCCUGAUCACCACUGCCCUUGACUUCAGCCGUUGGCUUUAGCAGUGAUCCUGAUCCAUGCUCCUGGAGAAGCCAGCAGAAGGAGCAGCAGCCUCACCAAUGCUGAAAUAAUUUGGAGGGAAGUGAAUUCCAGCAAAAGCUGCUGAAAGAACACUGCUCACCUGUCAGAGCCAAAUCAAUUCCUUCAGGGCAGCCAUGAGGAAACCACAGCUGGGGAGUUCCAGGCAGGACAGGUUCAGGGGCUUUGUCCUGUGCACCACCAGGAGCUGGACUUGAGGUCCUUGUGGGUCCCUUCCAACUCAGGAUAUUCCAUGAUGGUGGUGCUGGUGGCCCUGGAGAGCCAGAUCCUGCUCACAGCCAGUGACACCUGGCAGGUGUCACCUCCAGUGCCACCCACUGGCUCCUCCACGAGUACACCACAGAGGAGGAAUUUCUGAGAAGAAGCAAUGUCAACAUAACUGAAAGAUUUAAAUUAGGAAGGCUUGGCUUCCACAAUCCUAAGCAUGGUCCUCAUGCUGUGGGAGGUGAUAGGGAAUUAGAGAGAGUUCACAAAAUCAUUCUCCUUCCACCUUGAAGGACACCCUCAUAUCCCCAGGCACUGUCAGCACCUGGGACAGUGAUCACAGGCCCCAGGUCUAGGGUGAGCAGGAGGAUGGGAGGGAGGAGCACCCCCAGCUCCUGUCCCUGCUCCCUGGUGAGCCAAGCUGAAUUUCUGGGUGUAAUCCAGUUCAUUUGAGAGGUUCCAUUCUGGUUAUCCAGAGGUUUCACCUGCUGGACACGUGCAGUGGCAGGGCUGGAUGUUGGUUGCUUUAAUUCCAGCAGCUUGGAUAACCCUCUUUACAAGUUGGGCUGAGUAAAGAGGGGUUUUAAAUCCAGAACUAGGAUAGGAAGCAAGCAAAGCAAGCCAAGCUAGAAAAUAUUCCCAAAGCUGCCACUCUGGAUGGCUCAAAUCCGUUUGGAUGAGCUGAGCACCCACUGGUCCUUUCUUCCAUGGAAGCUUAGGAAUAUUUUGCCCCAAAAACCAACUCUGCACCUCCUGUCUGUUGCAGAAGAACCAAACAUCUCCUGGGCCACCCCUGGCACUGGGAGGGGCUCCAGGUGACUGGGAGGGCUCCAUUCUCAGUGAGGGCCCCAGGACAAGGGGGGACUCAGCUUUUCCCAUGGAAAACUUGGCCCCUGCACGUGCUGGGAGCUGCCAGGGCUGUCACCACCCCGAGGUGACAGGAGCACAGCCCCCGUCAGCCCUGCAUCAGUGAGGGGAGAAGCAGUGGGAGGAAUGACAUUAAAAUCUCUAAGAAUGAAGUCCCUUAUUUUACCCACCCCUGUAAUCCAUGAUUUAGUUCCUGCUUUAUGGAUGAGCAUUUGAAAGAAGAAAAACCAAUUCUUCUAAAAAUGAGAAUCUGAUGAAGUGUCUUUUUUUCUGGUCUCUGAAUCACGCUUCCAUUCCACUGAUGAAGAUGUACAGAACUUGCUGGGUUUCAAUCUAUUAUUUUACCCUCCUGUGCUCUGACAGUGCAAUUACAUUUCCCUGGCAUCACUUAAAACCUGUUCCUUUCCCAGGAAUUUAAUGCAGAAAAAGAAAAGUUUCAUCAUAUUUUCAUAUCUUUAUGUUGUUGGCUGUUAUCAGGAUGGGGUCUGUAUUUCUCCAGUUCAAGAAGGACAUUUUAGGCAGCUGUAGGAUGUGACGAAGCUUCACCAAGAGCGAGGUGGGCAGAAAAUCUAAGACCCUUUUAAUUGGAAAUGUGAUCCACUUGCACCUUUCCAGUGGCAAAAGUCUGGAAAACUGCUGUAAUUUGGCAACUUGACUGUGAAAUAACUGCAGCCCCAGAAGAGGGAGAAAGGAGAAAAAAAGAAAUCCUCUGGAUCUAGAGCUCAGUACUUGACAAUUUGAUGAUGAAAGUACCACAGGGUUUUUUUUUAAAUUUUCUGCCAAGACUGACCAAAAUACUUUGUAGCCUUGAAAACCAUUGCUAGAGGACAUUGCCAUUUCCCGCCCAAUCAUUUCCCCAGCUGCUCCUGGCCUGUCUUUGCCAGCAUCCCAAAACAGCAGCUGGAUUUGCCCCUCUUUAGGUGAGAUCCAUGUUCCAGCUUUCCUUUCCCAGCUGGUCCUGGGUCUCCAUCAGACAGCCAGGAGACCUUGGGAAGCUCUGAGGUAGCUCUGGUGCCACCAGCACUUGGGGCACCUUCUAUCCCCCCUGGGGGCCAUUCCAAAGGGUGCAGGUGAUGUUGUUGACAUCAGUCCCCAAAUUCCUGCCUCUGUCCCUACUGCAGCAGCCUGAGGGUGGGCUCACCCUCCUGAGCAUCCCUUCCAGAACAGCCAAAGCCCUUCCAGCUGUUGUUCCUCAGAUUUAUCUGGGCUGGGUGAGGAAAGGAGUGCAGGUUACCCAUGGGCCCCAGGGUCAGUCAGAAAUAACUCAUUUGAGUUAACUGGAAUAAGCCCAGGACCCAGGCUGCUGCCAUUUAAUCCACAGCAGGAUCUAAGGAAUCAAUGCCUCCAGAUUCAUCUCCAGGAAGGUCUCCACUAAUCCCUGUGUCUCCCUUUUGUCACAAGCUCAUGUUUUCCAGCCAUUUACUGUUCAUUUGUAAAUUCACCGGGGUUUUUUGGCUUGUUAAUGAAAGACAUGGCUUUUUAAUUAAACUUCACAAAGUCAGCAGCAUAAUAGUAAAAAUAAAAAAAUCCUAACAAAAAUCCUUUGUACAAAACACUGUAAAUAUUAAUAUAAAUUAACUGGGCAUGCAACUGAAAUAAAUCCUAUGUUAUUACAAGUUAUCUGAGUGUAUAAAGGAGUGUAUAAAGGAAAACUGAAUGCCAUAUGUAUCAGCUGUUCCCUCUAACCAAACUCUACUGUAAAUAUAUAAUCUGUAUAAAA